AUGUCUCGAUUUUUCCACGGCGGAAGCGAUAGCGAGAGCAGUUCCUCUGAUGAGGAGGAGCUCUACUCCGAUCGCGAGGAGGAAGAAGUCUCCGAUGAAGAGGAGAGUUCUAGCGAAGAAGAGUCUUCGGAGGAGGAAAGCAGCUCUGACGAUGAGGGUCAAAAAACAGGCGCGGAAAAAUUCUUGAGGGAUGUUUCCGACAGCGAGGAGAGCGAGGAAGAAGACAAAGUGACAAUCGUCAAGAGUGCGAAGGACAAGAGAUUAGAGGAAUUGGAGGGGACGAUGAAGUUGAUUGAUAAUGCUGAAAAGAUCAAUGACUGGGCCGUGAUUUCAACAGAGUUUGAUAAACUGAAUCGACAAGUUGCAAAGAUCGCUCAAUCGGGACCGACACCUAAGUUGUAUAUCAAGGCUAUUGCCGAUUUGGAGGACUUCUUGAACGAGACCAUUGCCAAGCAAAAGACCAGCACGAAAAAGAUGAAUGCAAGCAACGCAAAGGGUCUAAAUGCUGUCAAACAGCGUAUCAAGAAGAACAACAAAGAUUACACCACUGAAAUUGACAAGUACCGAGAAAACAAGGACGAAUAUCUCGAGGAAGAUGAAAUGCAAGAAACCGUCGUCGUCGAAAAGAAGCCUCGGGCUGUACGAGUUGAAGAUACGCUGGCUGUUAGUGACGAGGGCUUCUCAACCGUUGGCCGUGGCGGACGAACACUUCAGUACACACCGGAAAGCAUUCUUAAACAUUUGAGGGUGAUAGUGGAGUCCAGAGGAAAGAAGAACACCGAUCGUGUUGAGCAGAUUAAGAUUAUGGAGAAGCUUCUCGAAGUUGCCUCGACACCGUACCAUACUAUCCGAAUUCUUUUGACCUUGGUUUCCACUCGCUUCGAUCUCACUACGUCCUCAAUCUCUAACUACAUGCCAACUGAACAGUGGAAGCUUGCUGAGCAAGAAAUUUUGAGAUUAAUUUCCACGUUAGAAGAGCAUCCACAGUUCGUCGUGGUUGAAGGUGCCGAAGAGUGGGAAGACGAUGAGAAGAUCCCCCAACUUGCCCCUGGCGAGACCCUCAAGGUCCCAGGUAGCAUUGUCUCAUCCAUUGAGAGAUUAGAUGACGAACUGAUUCGAUCCUUGCAACACAUCGAUCCCCAUACCGCCGAAUAUAUCGAAAGGCUGGGUGACGAGCAACUCCUUUACAACAAUAUUGUUCGGGCACUCCUUUACGUGGAAAAUCUGAAUCAGACCGAGAAAUCCGAAUCUCGCCAGGAAAGUGUGAACAGAAUUUUGAUGAGACGACUAGAGCACUUAUACUUCAAGCCAUCUCAAGUGGUCACCAUUUUGGAGGAAAACACAUGGAAGGGUCUUCCCGAAACACUUAAUUCUUCCAUCACUAGCCGGGAUAUGAAGUCGAACGUUUCAAAUUUGGUGCAAACUAUCUGCAACUACUUGUUCCAGUACAGUGACGGAAUUAUCAGAGCACGCGCUAUGCUUUGCCAGAUUUACUUCCUUGCACUCCAUGACAAUUAUCACCGUGCCCGUGAUCUGAUGCUGAUGUCUCAUCUUACUGAAAACAUUGCCAACUUUGAUGUCAGCACUCAAAUCUUAUUCAACCGAACCCUUGUUCAGAUCGGGCUCUGCGCAUUCCGCGCUGGAUUGAUAUACGAAGCUCAAAACACGCUUUCAGACGUUUGCGGAAGUGGUCGACAGAAGGAGUUGUUGGCACAAGGCAUCAUUUUGCAACGAUAUUCCUCGGUGUCGCCGGAGCAAGAGAAACUUGAGCGUCAACGCCAGCUUCCUUUCCAUAUGCACAUCAACUUGGAACUCCUGGAAUGCAUCUACUUAACUAGCAGUAUGUUCUUGGAAGUCCCGUUGAUGGCCCAGACUUCAUCAUCGCCUGAGAUGAAGCGACGUAUUAUUUCCAAGACUUUCCGAAGGAUGUUAGAUUAUAACGAACGUCAAGUCUUCACUGGCCCACCUGAGAAUACGCGUGAUGGUGUCAUUAUGAGCGCUAAAUUCCUUGCAGCUGGUGACUGGAAAAAAGCGUCAGAAACCCUCAACUCCAUCAAGAUUUGGGAUCUGAUGGCCCAACCUGACAAGAUCAAGGAAAUGCUUGCCCAGCAAAUUCAAGAGGAAGGUCUUCGCACCUACCUCUUCACCUACGCACCGUUUUACGACACCCUCUCCAUCGCCACCCUUUCAAACAUGUUCGACCUCCCCGAAAAGAAAAUAUCUGCCAUCAUCAGCCGUAUGAUCUCACACGAGGAGCUAGCAGCAGCGCUAGACCAAGUCAACGAUGCCAUCGUCUUCCGAAAGGGCGUCGAGCUUUCAAGGCUGCAAAGUCAAAUCGUCACUUUGGCCGACAAAUCGAUGUCGCUGCUUGAGGCCAACGAGAAAACGCUUGAACAGCGAACGCAAGGCAUGGCCAACGCCUUCCAACGCGACCAGGGCCAAGGUGGUCGCGGAGGUAGAGGUCAAGGUCGUGGUGGACGAGGAGGCGGCGGUGGUCGCCCGCCCAUUGGUGGACAGCAGCGUAGACCAGGUGGCCAGCAAUUCAGCGGGGGUGCUUUAGGAGGAGCCAUCAAGGCAUAA